AAAAAAGGUAAACAAUACAACGUGCGGUUUAAAAUUUGUUAAUAAUUCGCGAUUUAAUUAGAUUAACAUGAGUAAUAAGAAGGAUAUCUAUAAGGAUGAGCGAUUUGCUCAUCUAUUGAGUAAUCCACGAUUCAAGAAGCUUCCAAAAAAGGAAGGAAAAGUGAAAAUCGAUGAAAGAUUUAAGCCAAUGUUUGAAAAUGAAAAUUUUAACAUUCAGUACAAUGUUGACAAGUACGGCAGGAAAGUUAAUAAGAAGUCUGCUGAGAAUCUUAAGGAUUAUUAUGAUUUAGACUCAAAUGAUGAAUCAUCUGACGAGGAAAAGCCAGAAAAUAAAGAAGACGAAGUUAUUCCUGGAAAUGCAAUUAUUAAAGGCGGAAAUAAACUUCCAGCAACGCUUAAGAAUAAGCUUAAAGACCUGGAAAUUGAUUAUAUCCGUGGAGAAGGAAUUUUACAGUCCGACAGUUCAGAUGAAGAGGAAUCAAGUAGUGAAACAGAAGUAGAAUUAAAUCAUGAUUGGGGUGAGCUUGAUAAAGAUGCUGAACGCACAGAAGAAUCAACAAAAAGAAUUGCAUGCCUUCAUAUGGAUUGGGAUAGAAUUAGAGCUAUAGACAUUAUGGUGCUAGUCAAUUCUUUUAUUCCAACAGGUGCUGGAUCUGUAUUAUCAGUCAAUAUUUAUCCAUCAGAAUUCGGAAAACAGCGACUGGCUGAAGAGGAAUUAAAAGGUCCAAAAGAAAUAACAACGUUGGAGGUAAAAAAUGAAAAUGAGGAAUAUGAAGAAGGCGACAAAUACACGGAAAAGCUACGAGAAUAUCAAUUAAACCGUCUUAAAUAUUAUUAUGCUGUUGUUGAAUUUGAUUCUGAAAAGUCUGCAGAUAUAGUCUAUAAAGAGUGUGAUGGACUUGAAUAUGAAAGUACGGCAAAUAGACUCGAUUUAAGAUUUAUUCCCGAUGAAAUGGAAUUUGAAGAUGAGCCAAAAGAUACAUGUACAGAACUACCUGAUUUAGCAAAAUAUGAACCAAGAAUUUUCUUUACAACAGCACUUCAGCAUGCAAAAGUCGAACUAACAUGGGACGAAACAGAUGUUGGACGUCAAGAAAUAUCUGAUAAGCUUUUUACUGAUAAAAGAAAUGAAGUGUCUGAUCGUGAUCUAAGAAAAUUUGUAGCAUUUAGCAGUGAAAGUGAACAUGAUGAUCAAGAAGAAUCAAACAGCGAUUCCGAUAAUAUUGAUGGAGCAUUAAAAUCAGGUAAAAGUAGAUUGGAUCUUUAUAAAGCGCUGCUCGAUGAUGUAAAUCAAAAAGAACAGGAAAAGAAAAAGCAGCAAGUAGAAAUGGAAUAUUCAUGGGGAAUUGGAAGUCUAGAUAAAAAGGAUAAGGCAGUGCCUGUCGAAAAAGAAGCGGAACUGACUCCAUUCGAAAUGAUUUUAGAGAAAAAGAAACAAAAGAAAAAGGCUAGAAAGGAACAAAGAAAGAAAAAGUUGAAAGGUGGUGACGAUGACAAUGAAAAUGGAUAUAGUUCGAGUGACUUUGAUGAUAUAGACAUGAAUGAUCCAUACUUUGCAGAAGAAUUUGCUAAUGGAGACUUCAAAAUGCCAAGCAAAAAAGGCUCAAAAAAGAAAAAGAAUGAAAAAUUAGAGGAUGAUCCAGAAGCUGAAGAAAAAUUAAAGGCACAAAAGGAACUAGAAUUAUUGUUAGAAGACAAUGAAGACGAAAAAUCACAUUUCAGCUUGAAAAAAAUUCAAGAAAAUGAAGAAAUGACUUCGUCCAAAAAGAAAAGGAAAAUAAAGAAACUUAAAAAGCAAGGAAUAAAUGUUGAUGAGCCUGUAGACAAUUUCGAAUUAAAUGUUCAGGAUGAUCGUUUUAAGGCAGUAUUUUCUCAGCCAGAUUUCAACAUUGAUCCUACAAAUGCUGGAUUUAAAAAGACUAAAGGAAUGGAGAAACUAAUUCAAGAAAAACUUAAGCGACGACACACUGAUGAUGCUGAGCAAACAGAAACCGCUGAAAAGAAGAAAAAGAUUAAGGAUAUUUCGUUGAACUUACUUGUUAAAAAUAUCAAAAGGAAGGCUGGCAAGUAGAUGAAUUAAUUUUUGCGUAUUUGAAUUUAAUGGUCAAAUUUUGAAAUUUGUACAAAAUGCAAUGUGCUGAAAAUCUAAAAACAGGUAACGAAAUUUUAAAAUUUAAAUAACAACAGAUUUCAAAAAUUCAAAUUCUGCCACAGUUUUUGAAACGUUCAAAAAAAUUCAAAAUUUCGAAAGCCGUUAAAAUUUGAAUUAUUUAAGAAUCGCUAGGAAAAACCAGUUUUAAUAAUUUUUCUGGAAGAAAUAAAGUAACGAUUAAGAAAAUGCAGUUUCAUUUGUCAUUAUC